GCCUUGCGUCAUUACGCAUUUCCUGUUCUCUACGAAGUCCCCCCUCUGCUCUUCACCGUCGCGCUGUGAAGUGGAUGUUUUGGUGAAAAAAUACGCUGUCGAAAAGCGACGUAAACACGUUUUAAACAUGACAUUUCGACCGAGUGGGACCUAAAGCGGCGUAGCAGGGGAAAGAGGGGCGUGCUCGGUGAAGGCUUUGGUUUAUCUUUAUGUCGUAUUCCUCCGCAUGUCCUCUUUCUUCGUAGAUGGUCUCCGGCGAGCGUUGUCUGGCGGCGGACGACGAGUUCUCGACGAGUAACAUGAAGGAGAUGAUCGGAGGUUGCUGUGUAUGCUCAGACGAGAGAGGCUGGGCAGAAAACCCGCUGGUGUAUUGCGACGGACACGGCUGCAACGUCGCCGUGCAUCAGGCCUGCUAUGGAAUUGUGCAGGUGCCCACUGGUCCUUGGUUCUGCCGAAAGUGUGAAUCUCAAGAGAGAGCAGCCCGUGUGAGAUGUGAGCUGUGUCCCCAUAAAGAUGGAGCCCUCAAGAGGACAGACAACGGAGGCUGGGCCCAUGUGGUUUGUGCCCUUUAUAUACCCGAGGUUGAGUUUGCUAAUGUCUCAACUAUGGAGCCCAUAGUCCUACAGUCUGUUCCACAUGAGCGCUACAACAAGACAUGUUACAUCUGUGAAGACCAGGGCAGAGAAAGUAAAGCAGCCACUGGAGCCUGCAUGACCUGCAACAAACAUGGCUGCAGGCAGGCCUUCCAUGUCACAUGUGCCCAGUUUGCGGGGUUGUUGUGUGAAGAGCAAGGAUCGGAUGCAGACAAUGUCAAGUACUGUGGAUAUUGCAAAUACCACCACAGCAAAUUGAAACACAAGGAACGAGACAGGCACAAACCAAAACACAAGAAAACCUCCAUGGACAUGUCUCCCUCCCUCGUCCUUCCAAACAUCAUGGUCCCAGACAAGACCUACAACAGCAGCAGCUCAGGGGGAGUUGUCACUUCCCUGCCCACAUCCUCGCAGAAGCGACUGGACGACGGCACCGCCCGCUUCACCAACGCCAACUUUCAAGAAGUGUCUUCUGCUCACUCCGGCGGCGGUGCCAAAGAUGGCUUGGCUGCAGACACUGGAAAAACGGUAUCAGAGGUGAAGAAUAAGAAAAACAGCGCUGGAAGUCAUGCGGUGGGACAGAGGGGUGGCCGCAAGUCUCUCACCUCCUCAGGGAAACCCCUCCCCUCUGCCGUGGUCACCAUGGCAACCUCCUCCACAUCUGUCUCUGCUUCCACUGGGCCUUUCCACCAAGGCCUCCUGUUGACCAGUGCCAGCAAGACGCCCUCUGCUCCUUCCUCCUCAGACUUCCUAAGUUUCUCAGAUUCAUCGUUGCGUCCCGGGGGUGGUACUACCUUCUCCUCCCCACCGUCUUUCAGCAGCUGCCUUGUGAAGCCGAGCUCGGAGGGUGGAGCUUCGGAGGGAACUACAACACUCUUUGGUUCUCUUAUGUCUGCUACCACAGCUUCUGCAGUGGGCGGGAAACUGUAUGAGAAUUCCCACAGUCACACAGCUAGCGAGACGACAAGCCUCGGUGGGUCCGCUGGAUACAAACGGCCCCAGCCCUCCAGCUCAGGACCAGGCAUUGGCGGAGCAGUGGCAGGAGGAGGGGAAGAUGGGGUGAAGAAGAAAAAGAAGGGCAACUGGCGAAACAGAUUUGGACCUUGCUUCACGACGGAUGUGAAGCCCUCAGAGCCAGCUCCCUCCCUAACGCUCCCUACCUCCUCCACCGCCAACACCUCCUCCUCCACCGCCUCCCCCUCCUCCUCUUCAUCCUCGACGCUCUCAGGCCGGCCAGGCUUAGUUUCCAGCAGUGGAUUAGGAGUGGCAGUCGGAGGAGGAGGAGGAGGAGAGAGGGGGCUGGGGGUCAUGGGUGUCAGCGGUGGGAUUCAGAAAUCCCCAUCACUCCUCAGGAAUGGGAGCCUGCAAAGCAACAGCGGCUCCACAACCACUGGGCCAGGUGUUUUCUCUGGUGCCGAUGGGUCAUCGUCGGGGACAGGAGCUGUCGCCGUGGGCGGAUCCAACUCUGAGUUGUCACAGCAACAGCAGCCCACACCCUCUCUAGCCCCUCCCUCUCCAUUCACUGCCACUGCGCCGCUAACCAGCACAGCCUCCUCACAUGUGACUGGUCUGCCUGGGUCCGUCUUCAACCUAGCUCCCUCCCACAUGUUUGGUAACAGGCUGAACCCCAACUCGGCCAUGGCGGCACUCAUCGCCCAGUCCGAGGCCUCGCCAGCAGAUCAGGAGGUGGGAGAUGGCAGCAGCAGCGUUGGAGCUCAGGGCUUCUCCAUAAGAGCUUCUCCCAAGACCACCCCACGCUCUCCCAUUGGUGGCCUGCAGAUCCGCUAUGACUCCUUGGGGUCGUUGCCGGGGCCGGGUCUGGGGUUGCUAGGGGUGGGGGGAGGCGGCGGGGAGGCGCUGCCCCCGGUGGCCACCAGCAUAGAGCAGCUCCUGGAGAGGCAGUGGAACGAAGGACAGAACUUCCUGCUGCAGCAGGGAGCGCAAGGAGACGUGGUGGGCAUGUUGAAGUCUCUUCACCAGCUGCAGGAGGAGAACAGGAGGUUGGAGGAGCAGAUUAAAACUCUGACCAUGAAGAAAGAGAGGCUGCAGCUUCUCAGCGCUCAGCUGUCAGUGCCUUUCACCCCCACCACAGCCUCCUCUGAUGUGAAAGGAGCCCAGCUCGGAGCCACCGACUCGUCUUUACCUGUCGCAGCUCAGGACAGCACGUCAUGUGGCGGUCACAGCAGUAGCGGCUCCACCUCCUCUCUCUCCACCCCUCCCUCCGUGUCCCAGAGCCCGCCCCGGCCGCAGGUCAACGGAGCCGCCACGGCGGGGGCGGCCCCGGCCGGGCUGGGCGGGGUGGCGGGGCUGAUGGGCGCACUCGGCGCAGGUAGCGCGGCGCUGGGCAUGGGGGGAAUCGUCGGGGCGCUGAACGGGGUCAUCCAGACGCCGGCGGGCACCGGCAGCCCUCACACUCACACUACAGGAGCAGCUACGGGCGUCACGCUGCCCGUCAAUAACAGCUCAGCAACUAGUAAGAACAGUGCUGCACGGCUUGGCCUGCUGUCUGAGCAGCACAGGCUCCUCCUCCAGCAGCAUCAGCUCCAGCAGCAUCAGCUCCAGCAGCUGCUGUCCUCGCAGCCUUCAGCGGAGCAGCAGCAGGUCUUGUUCUACCAGCUGAUGCAGCAGCAGCAGGACCUCCAGCAGCUGCAGUCCCUCUCCUCCUCGACACAGAUUCCCUCCAUCCCGCUCUCCUCCACUCAGCUGCCCAUCAACAACCUGCUGCCCGGCGCCCAGAGCCAGGGCCAAGGCGCCAUCACCGCCAACCCCUUCCUGGCGUUGCAGCAUGCGCAUGCUGACACGCACGCCUCAGGGGCGCAGAAGCCACGGCUAGCCGAGAAGGCCGUGGGCGUCGCAGGGCAGGAGAAGACAUGACGGCAGAUGUUUUUUUUUUUUUUUUUUUUUUUUUUUUUUUCAGUUGGUGUUUUUUACAAAAUAAAUAUGCAGAGUUUGCGGGAGAUCAGCCUGUUGGUCAACUUUGUUGUUCAGUGAUGAGAACAUUGGCAGCAGAAAAAUCGGUAUCAGUACAUUAGCACACACUGUGGUGAGCGGUAACAGAAGACAAAAGUAAGAAUUUGGUUAAAAAAAAAAAAAAAAAAAAAUUGUCUUUUGCAGUCCACCAGCUGUAGUUGACCUAGUCAGAUUUAUUUUUGCAACUUUUUCAGGUUACAGUUUUUUUUUUUGUUUUGUUUUGUUUUUUUUUACACAUUUUGUGUAAAUCUGUACUAUUUAUUUCCAUCCAAUUUUAGAUUUCUCACUUAUUAGCUUUAGUGCUGGUUCAGGUUCUUACUUUGUCAUGACUGAGAUAAUAAUUUUCAUUUAAUAUCACUGCUAGUAGCUUAGUUUAUGUCAGUGUGUCAGCGUCAGCAGUGUGUAGCACCAGAGCACAUGGUGCACUAUCUGUUCUCUUCUCUCAACAGGCGAGUUGUCUAACAGAUCAGCUUCCCAGAAACCUUUCCUUUAAUUAGUUUCUCGGUAUUGUCUAAAUCUCAUCACUAUGCUUCUUCAUCUUUCUUCUUUCCUUCCUCUUCUUUCUCCUGUUGCUGUGUCAUGUCUCCCUUUAUUUCCCCUUUAUUUCCCUCAGUCUGGUCUCUCUGCUGUUUCACUCUCUCAGGGGCCUCAGCGAAUCAUAGUUGUGCACUCGGCAUGCAAGCUAGCACACACAGAACGAAAAACAUAAAAAGGAAAAUAGCAGAAAUACAUUAAUAUUAAAGAAAAAAGAAACUUCACUUCCCUACCACAAGACUUAACAGUAGCAGAUGUAUGUUUGACAUCUGUCUCACAGCGGUCCCUAGGGGAAUAUUGGGUGAGAGGCUUGUGAAAAUAUCCCACAUGUUCUCGCAGUUGUCUCUCUCCCCGUGUCUCUUUCUCUCCCGUUUGUGUGGAUCCAUUAAUGUCAGUGAGCCAAGCCUCAUACGGUCACCACAGAAGCCUUGCUUUUCACUGUCUCUUCUCUGGGCCAGAAACAGGGGGCUCGCUCAGGGAAGUGAAAUGUAAAAAGGAAAAAAAGGAGAAAAAAAAAAAAAACACGGCAAGUUGAAUGUUCAGAGGGAUACGUUAAUCCACACAGCACAGACUCGCAAUGAGAAAUUAUGCAGUUGGUUGUCAGCGCGUGGAAGUCUUUACAUUUCAUCCUCCUGAUUGAGCCCCUUGCUGCACCUACCUCUCAAGCAGGACCAGCCUAUCAGGACCUAAAAGGCCGUCAUCAACGGCCACUUAAAAUCCCACAAACAGUCAGGACUGGCCAAUCAGGGUCCAAGCCCAAGUGCCUGAGGCCAAGGAGGGAAGGUGGGAUUUCACUUCCUUUUUACCUGUGUCCCUGUCACUCCGCCUAAUUCUUCACAACGCUACUGGAAAUUAAGCUGCGUUGCUAAGGCAACAGAUUACAAAAACACUUAGUCGCGUCAGGUUGGACGUGCUGUCUCUUUAAUAAAAACCAGGAAUUAUUAUUCUGCUGCAUUCUCUUCUAUCAAAGCCAACUUGUAUUGUGCUUUUUAUUUAUUUGGAAUUUGUUUGUGUAAUGGGCACAAGAUGAUAUAUUUUAAAAGCCCGCUGGUGUUGCAAUUUAACAUCAUUUUGUACUACUGUGUAAAGUUUUCUUUUUUCUUUUUUUCCCCCUCUCUACAGUCAAAUCUUGCUGUAAUCCCUUUUAAUGACUUCUUCUGUGUCAUGUGUUUGAAAGCUAGAAGCUACUUGAUAGUUGGCUGAUUGGGAAGGGGGUGUGGUUGUAUAUAGCUUGUUUGUAGGGGGGAGGAAGUGGGAGGGGGGGGUUCAGUGGCACAGUUUUUACCUCGUUAAGUGUAAAUAGACCUUUUCUCAUUGGCCGUUGGUGUACAUAAGUGAUUGUGAUUGGCCGCGCUGGGUGUGAAGGAAAGCCAAUGAAGCCUCAGUUUGUGUGUGUGAAUCUUUAGGACCAGACAAAAAGGUUGACAGUGACUGGACACACAAAGUAUUAAUUUAUUUUUAUAUGUGCAGGGACAUUGUGUUUCUUUCUUUUUUUUUUUCCUUUUUUUUUUUUUAAGUUUUGCACCAUUUUAUUGAUGAGAAAGUCAUUUUAUACUCUGGGCACCGUGUUUUCAUCUGUGCACACAUUGUUUGGAUCAAUUUUGUACAAGUGGAAAAUCAUUGGGGGGAAAAAAAAAAUUUUGACAUUGUAUUUCAAAACACCAAAAUAAAGAAACACUCUGGAUAAAGUAA